CAUAUGCGAGAGGCUGCUGAACGGCGGCAACAGCUGGAGUUGGAGCAUGAGCAAGCCUUGGCUGUUCUCAACGCCAAACAGCAGGAAAUUGAACUCCUGCAGAAGGCUCAGGUUGAAGCUAAGAAGGAACAUGAAGGAGCAGUUCAAUUGCUAGAGGCCAAGGUCCGAGAGCUAGAGGAGAAAUGUCGGACACAGAGCGAACAAUUUAACCUCUUGUCCAGAGAACUGGAGAAGUUUCGGCAGCAAGCAGGGAAGAUUGAUCUCCUGAGCAGUAACUCGGUGGCAUCCUCAGAUAUCCCUGGUUCUCCCAGUAAAUCUCUAUCCCAGUUAAUGAAUGGAAUAGCCACUUCUAUAGGCAAAGGUCAUGAAAGUCCUUCUGGAAGUCGCUGUGUGAUUUCAGAGUUUAUACGACCCCUUCAAAUAUCUGGAGACAAACCAGAACAAUUGUCUGUCAAGCCUACAUUCCUGUCCAAGUCAAGAUCUGGUACCCCAAGAUGCAGAUUUGAUUCAGACAUGGAUAAUGAUCAGAAUUCCAAUACCUCAAAGCAGAGAUAUUCUGGGAAAGUCCAUCUUUGCAUUGCCCGUUAUAGCUACAACCCUUUUGAUGGACCAAAUGAAAAUCCAGAGGCAGAGCUCCCCCUUACGGCAGGAAAGUACCUUUAUGUGUAUGGAGAUAUGGAUGAAGAUGGCUUUUAUGAAGGGGAACUUCUAGAUGGACAAAGAGGACUAGUCCCUUCAAAUUUUGUGGAUUUUGUUCAAGACAAUGAGACCCGGUUAUCAAGCACAUUAAGCAGUGAACAAGAUCAGAAUUUUAUCAACCAUUUGGGUCCUACUUUGGAAGGAGAUCUCUUGGAGAUAAGUCCACCAAGUCACAUAGACUCUAGUGUAAUCAGCAAUGGCGCAGGGACUCUGGAUGUGAACAUUGAUGAAAUUGGAGAAGACAUUGUGCCUUAUCCUAGAAAAAUCACCCUUAUUAAACAACUAGCCAAAAGUGUCAUUGUGGGCUGGGAGCCACCGGUAGUGCCACCCGGUUGGGGAACCAUUAGCAGCUACAAUGUUCUCGUUGACAAAGAAGUACGGAUGAACAUAGCCUUGGGAAGCAGAACAACUCUUAUAGAAAAGCUUAACAUUUCUGCUUGUACAUACCGAAUAUCAAUUCAGAGCAUUACAAACAAGGGUAACUCAGAUGAACUGCAGUGCACUUUGUUAGUUGGGAGGGAUGUCAUAGUAGCCCCCUCUAAUCUUAAAGUGGACAAUAUAACCCAGAUUUCUGCUGAGCUGUCCUGGCUCCCUACAAAUAGUAAUUACAGUCAUGUGAUCUUUCUCAAUGAAGAAGAAUUUGACAUUGUCAAGGCUGCUAGCUACAAGUACCAUUUUUUUAAUUUGAAGCCCAAUAUGGCCUACAAGGUGAAGGUCAUGGCAAAGCCGCAUCAGAUGCCCUGGCAGCUUCCCCUGGAACAACGGGAAAAAAAGGAAGCCUUUGUGGAAUUUUCUACGUUGCCAGCAGGUCCUCCAGCUCCACCUCAAGAUGUUACUGUACGGGCUGGGUCCACCCCAGCAACCAUACAGGUGUCCUGGAAACCACCAACUCUGACAGCAACAGGGACCUCCCAUGGCGCCAAUGUCACAGGCUAUGGUGUUUAUGCGAAAGGUCAACGGGUGGCGGAGGUGAUCUUUCCAACAGCAGAGAGCACAUUGGUGGAGCUCAUGAGACUAAGGAGUUUGGAAGCAAAGGAAGUUACUGUUCGAACACUCUCUGCACAAGGGGAAUCAGUGGACUCUUCUGUUGCUGCCAUUCCAUCUGACCUACUGGUGCCUCCAACCCCUCACCCCAGAACUGCUCCCAAAUCUAAGCCAUUAGCAAGUGCCGGAGCCCCAGAAACCAAAGAAGAACAUUUAGGUCCACAUUUAAAAAUGGAUGAGUCAUGGGAGCAGACUCGUUCGGCAUCCCCUGUUCAUGGACACAUGCUUGAGCCACCUGCUCCUAACUUUCACAGCCCGCUUCAGGGGAGGAGGUCUCCUUCACCUAACCGAAUACUCCCUCAACCUCAAGGCACACCUGUCCCAAAUACUGUCGCAAAAGCCAUGGCAAGAGAAGCUGCACAAAGAGUUGCAGAGAGCAAUAGGAUGGAGAGGAGGAGUGUUUUUAGCGAAAGGAGUAAUGCAGCCCAAUACACUAACUCGGAUGAUGAGGAAGACGGCUAUGAUUCUCCUAAUGUCAAAAGAAGAGGGGCUUCAGUUGAUGAUUUCCUGAAAGGGUCAGAACUUGGAAAGCAACCUCACUAUUGCCAUGGUGAAGAGUACCAUACAGAGAGCAGCAGAGGUUCUGACUUGUCUGAUAUUAUGGAAGAAGAUGAGGAAGACCUGUACUCCGAAAUGCAGCUGGAGGAUGGAGGAAGGCGACGAGUCAGUGUGACUUCACACAAUGCACUUAAGGAGUGCGAUAAGAAUAAGACCACUGAAGCCACUUUUUUGGAACAGCCUGACUUUUCACAGCAGAUACAUCACAGUAAAAAGCUUUUCAGUAUUCCAGAAGUAGCUGAAGAGGAUGGUGAAUACUCUGAACUGCUGUACAAGCAGGGUUUAGGUAUGCCCUAUAAAAAGAAUCCCACAAUAGCUAGAGACUCUAGACCACCUAGGCCCUACAAUCAAGACCAGCAGCACAACUUCUGGUACCCAGCCAAGCACAGAAUUUCAGGCAUGGAGGAUUUUGCUGCAGACGACAAAGGAUGUAAAUAUAGCCGAUCCUUAUCGAGAAGCCCAGACAGUGGACUAGACUGUGGAAGUGAAGAAGAAGAAUCUCGUUUUAAUUUUAAAUAUACUUGCGAUUCAGUUUCUGCCAACGUUGCAUCUAGCUGUUGUGCAGAGACUGCUCACUGUUCCUGCAGGAAAAGCAUGAGGCCAUUGCUUGCUCGCAGGAAAACUUUAACCAGACAAACCAGCAUCGAAGAAGAUUUUGGUGACCUGGGUCCUUCCUUUGUAGAGCCCAGGAGUGAACAGGUCAAGCCCAGUUACGAGAAAAAGUAUGAGACUCAGAAAUGUAAUAGAACAGAUAAUUUGUCUAAUGAAGAUGUUCAGGGAGGCUGGAAGACCGACUUAAAAAUGGCUGACUCUAGGGCAGCUGGCCUACUUGCAAAGCCAUCCCACAGAGAUGCAGAAGACUCUCUGCUUUUAGGUAAUCCAUCAUCUGCAGGACGGCCUGAAAGGGCGGAGCAUGCAGGGCGAAGGUCCUCUCAUGGCAGUGCAGUGCCACAAAGGUCUCGACCAAUGUUGGUCCCUUCCAUUGAAAUUACAAUGGACAGUAACAGUGAAGGCGGUCGGUCUCGGUCAGGUAGUGAGGGAAAUAUUUCACCUGUAAAAGAAGAAGCUUAUUAUCGCAGCAUUGGUGGACACAAGAAAUGGCCUCAGCAGCGUACCAUGGCCUCUGAAUAUAGAUACGAUGGCUAUGGUGGUCAUGACCAUCUUUCUCCAGAUAUUUAUGAAGAAUCAGAAACAGAUCCUGGCACAGAAGAUAUUUCUACUCGAAUAUUUGUUGCGCUCUUUGACUACGAUCCGCUGACAAUGUCCCCAAAUCCUGAUGCUGCAGAAGAAGAGCUGCCAUUUAAAGAAGGACAGAUCAUUAAGGUUUAUGGGGACAAAGAUGCUGAUGGAUUCUAUCGUGGAGAAACCUGUACAAGAAUUGGCCUUAUCCCAUGUAAUAUGGUCUCUGAGAUCCAAGCAGACGAUGAAGAGAUGAUGGAUCAGCUUCUAAAACAAGGCUUUCUUCCUUUGAACACACCAGUUGAGAAAAUUGAAAGAAACAGACGGAGUGGCAGACAACAUUCAGUGUCUACAAGAAGGAUGGUGGCGCUGUACGAUUAUGAUCCAAGAGAAAGCUCUCCUAACGUUGAUGUAGAGGCUGAGCUGACAUUCUGCACUGGGGACAUUAUUACUGUCUUUGGUGAAAUUGAUGAAGAUGGAUUUUACUAUGGUGAACUGAACGGACAAAAGGGGCUGGUUCCUUCCAACUUUCUUGAAGAAGUGCCUGAUGAUGUUGAAGUCUAUCUAUCUGAUGCACCCUCGCGAUAUGUUCACGAUACACCGAUGCGUACAAAAGCAAAAAGGGUUCCUCCUGAGAAUACAGGUACAUCACGGAGAGCACCAUCCCCCACAGUCCAUCUCCAUUCUGGGUCACCUACGUCACCUAUGGGUUCUGGUAGUCCCGGGAGAGGCAGGGAUAUGUCCUCGAAAAAGAAAAAGGGGCUGCUUUCCAAAGGCAAGAAACUGCUGAAAAAGCUUGGUGCAGUGAAAUGA